CCACCCUGUUACGUUUAUUUCGAAAAGAAAAGAUCACCAGCAUUCACAUAACAUGUAGCCUCUUCUUCUUUUUCUUGUUUAUUAUUUGGUGUAAUCUCGUGUACAUUUCCAACCUGCCAUGACAAGUUCCUGAGGCACCCAUCUGGACGGAGUUCAUCCCUCUCGCUGUCCCUUUGACUGGAAUUAUUGCUCCUGAGUAUUGGUACACGUAGAAAUCAUUCUCAGCCUUUAAUUCUUAUUUUUGUUUAUUAUCAGACUGUUUCUUGGUAGUUGGCAAGCAGUGCCCAGGAAAGAGGGGAGGAGAUCUGGGCCUUGUGUUCGUCCCCUCUCCUGAAUUCCCUUCUCCUGCCAAGUCAAAGGAAGAUCGAUCGAUCGACGACCACUUCCACAGAUGAGAUGAAGGCAAGCAGCAGCAGCAGCAGCAGCUUGUGCGCUCAGUGACAGCCUUGUCCUCUCAUCCCGAGCGCAGAUCAAUCAAUGGCUGCCACCAGCAGUACGGCCUGGGGAUCUCACCGGAGGUUCUCUGCCCUGCUAUCCUCGGCGGUCUUGGAAUGGGUGCUGAUCCUGCUGAUGCUGCUGGAGGGCCUGCUGUCCCGCCUGGCCACGGCGUUCGCCCGCCUCUGCAACCUCCCGCCGCCCUGCCCGGCGUGCGCGCGGCUCGACGCCGUCCUCGGCGGGGCGCGCCCGGGCUCCUCCUACCGCGACCUCCUCUGCAGCUCACACAGGGCGGAGGCGCUCUGCCAUGACGGUGGCGGCGUGGGCAUCGGGGAGGUUUGCAGAGACGGCGUGGGAGAUCGGCCAGCCGUCGACGACGGGAUCGAUCGCGCCGGGUACAGCGAGCUGAGGACCUCCGACUCCGAGUCGGAGCUUCGAAGAAGGUCGCCGGAGGACGCCGCCGCCAUCGAUCGGUUGAAGGAGCAGCUUACCCUGACGCAAGUUCAGAGUGGCAUCCCGGAGAAAACACACGCUGAGGAUUCAAGGUUGCAGAUCUUCCCACGAAAGAUUCAAGGUUCAGAAUGGCGGCGUUCCGGAGCCGGCAUUGCGCCAGCCGAUCUUCCCACAGAAGACGACGAACCUCAUACCAAGGUUGGAGAUAGCGUUCUUCAAUCCGGGUUAGCGCAAGUUCAGAGUGGCAGGUCACGCUCUGAUGAUCCACACGACAUUCAGACAGGUGAUCUUCCAACAAAAGAUGAAGGACCUCAUACAGAUACAGGAGAUGAUAAACCAGAAGACGACGAUGUGUGGCACAACGCUGAUGAUGGCGAACCAUCCGAAACCAAAGCCGCAGCAGAUGAACCGGAGCCUGAAUUUCCCGACAGGGCCACCGCACGGCAGGAUUCCUUGAGAGUCCACCACCACCUGAAGCUGCUGCUCUCGCAGCUCUCCACCUCGUCUUCUUUCCGGGCACCCGACAGCCCGAGCGUGCAGGAGCAGCAGCACGAGCAGGCCGUGCUGCGCAACAUCACCAGGGCGCUCUCCCUGCAGCGGAACUGCUCGGGCGUCUCCGAAGGCAGCAUGCUUGAUACUGAUGGUGAAGAGUGUAGCACGGUUGAUGAGCUGAGGCGGCGGGUGGAGCUGGACCGCAGGUCCAUGGCCCUCAUGUGGAAGGAGCUGGAGGAGGAGCGGAGCGCGUCGGCGGUGGCGACCAGCCAGGCCAUGGCCAUGAUCACCAGGCUGCAGGAGGAGAAGGCGGCGAUGCGGACCGAGGCCGCGCAGUACCGCAGGGUCAUGGAGGAGCAGAGCGCGUACGAUCGGGAUGAAGCUGAGCGGCUGGCCGGCGUCGUGCGGGAGCUCGAGGACGAGGUUGAGGGCUACAAGGCCAGGCUCAGGGACCACGAGAUUGUCCACGAGGUCCGCGACCAUAUGCGGCUUGCUCCGUGCCAGAGAGAAGGCGAGACCGGCGACGUGUCCGGCUCCGGACCGGCUGGAGGGGAAUUGUCCGGCGGCUCCGAGGAUGACGAGAACGCGCGCGCCUGGAAGCAGCUGAGGAGGCUGACGGACAGGCUCCACCGGCUCUCGAACAACAGCAGCGAGAUCGUCCAAGAACCGGAGCCCAACGACGUCCAAGAAGAAGAAGAGGACGGCGGCGGCAAGGAGGAGGACACGACGGAAGCUUCGGUGGUCGGGAGGCGCGUGAGGAACGGCGACAACUUCACGAAAUGGCAGCACCUUCAGUCGAUCGAGACGACGAGCAAGGGCUCGACUCACGGCCACGGCCACCACGGAGACGACGGCGAGGGCGAGGACACGGCCGCAUUGGAGGAGAUCGGGGAGCUCAGUCGACGGCUGCAGGCGCUGGAAGAGGACCGGAGCUUCCUGGAGCACAGCGUGAACUCGCUGAGGAAAGGGAGGGACGGCGAGGCGGUGAUCCACGACAUCGCUCGCAGCCUCAGAGAGCUCCGGAAGACGCUUGGAGAUGAUCAGGACACCAUUGCUAGCUGAAAGCUUCCAGUGGCUGGGGUCAUGCAACGCACACGUACAGAGGUAAUUAAUUUCUCAACAUUUGAACUGAAAAUGGUUCGCGCCUGAUUGCUUGAAGUUGAUCUGAACUUGUUAUAGUACGAAUUAGGCUCUGAUCGAGGGUUGUGCAUGAUGUAGGUUGUAAAUAGCGAUGAGGAUUGUUGACUGUACAAUAAGCAUGUGUGCAUGGUGGUGGUUGGUUUGCAAGUGGACCAGGAUUUUUUAAUUUUUUUUGCGUGAAGUGCUUGUUGUGCAAUUCAUCGCAGAAUCAGAGUGCCGAUGAAUCUGCAUCCGUUUUUUUUUUUUGCGAUGGAAUCUGCAUCCGUUUCAUGUACAGUACAUUUUUUUUUAAUCUUGACGGGUUGGUGUACUUUUUUA